AUGUCAUCUCCAGACCUCAACGUCGACCAGGUAAACGCAGCUCUAAGCAUCAACCCAGCGCUCCUCUCCUCAUUCACAGUUCCGGACGGCGCUACCAUCCACCAAUCCCAAGAACAUCUCAAGAUCCUCAACCAAAUUCGCUCUCUCAUCUCCUCAGACCCUCACUUCAUGCACAAAGACCGAGGCAAACGAAUCCGAAACGCCGAAAUCAAGCACGCAACAGCGUACCACAAAUCCCUCACCUCAGGCGCCCGCGUCCGCAGUCUCCCCAACGAAGUCUUGGCCCACAUCUUUUCCUUUUUACCUCAGGAGGAGGUGGAUGGUAUCAAGUCACCGUACAGGAACUACUCGCUGGUGUGUAAGAGGUGGUACAGCUUCAUCCAAGACCACACACCCCUCUGGACUAAGCUCAACAUUGAUGUUGGACGUCUCAAUCCCAUUAAAUCCAAUAAGCUCCUCAAACGGGCACUUGGAAAUUCUAAAUGCGCAGGGAUGAACGUCUCACUCACUUACGGCGAAUGUAACUCGGACUCCUUCCAGCCUCCCUCCCCCACUCCAGCCUGGGCUAGCCUGCUCAAAGCAUCGCAGCACCGCUGGGUCUCUUUGACGGUUGUAGGAACAAGUAUCCACGCACUCGUCCAAUUCGGUCUGGUAGGUCCCAAGGUCGAGUUGCCCAAUGUGCAUUCGGUAAUAUACAUCUCAGGUGAGCACCGAAGCAGCGUCUCCAAACCGUCCUCAGUGUCUAGACUACCAGACUCGGGGGCUGUAACCACCAGAGACCGACUCCUCGGCCUCCUCCCCGCCUGUACGUCGAUUACUUUGGUCGGGAGCAGCGGCAUACACCGCACCCUCCCCUGUUCCCUCCUCAAAUCACAAACCACCUCACUCACCUUCUCAACCUCCAACGGCUGGAUAAUCCAGAUACCCUUGGUUAUAACGUACCUCCAGUACACCGCCGCGCACCUCAAGAGACUUGUAAUCGGUGGCAACGAAAUCGCAGCUCCGAGUUUCCAUACGUCUAGUUUAGCGCCCAAGGCCCGCGAUAUGGCGUCUUUGCCUCGGCAUUUGAAGGUGGUACUUCGGAGAUUGAAGGUGCUGGAGCUGGGGAUGCCGAUGUCCAAGGUCUACCUUCGUCUACUCCGUACACCCGGUCUGGAAGAACUCGUUGUGAACCUGGGCGAUCCGUUCAUCAACACUUACUAUGGAACCUCGUGCACCGGAUUCCACUACAUCCGCAAGUUCGUGUGGAGGAACAAAGUGGAGUACUUGGAUACAGGUAGGUUCAAGGUCAAGACGCUUGUAAUCCGAGGGUUGGAGCCUCAAGCUGUCACAGAGGGCUUGAUCAAGACGAUGAAGGAGCUCGACACCGUCGAGAAGGGCCCGUCCAGCCGCUUCCUCCUUCAACAAAUCCUUGGCAAAUGA